CAUCAGUGACUGACAGUCCAUGGGCUUUCCUGAACCAAGAAGCCAUGGUUGGACGGACAGGAGGCACAAUAGGGCUAGCUUAGCACUGUCGUAGGUUAACGCCACCGUGGAAUGCCAGGCGUUAGAGCUGGUAGGAUCGAGAGACGGAGAUCCAGUUUGAGCGCUUUAUGUCAAAGCACGUCUUCUUUACAUCUGUGACCAGUCCAGUUUGAGUGCUUUUUGUACGUCCUUGGACGUUCUUGGGCUGCAGAUUUGUGAGUCAGCCUAAUUUUAGUGAUCAGUAAGCGACCCGCGGGCUGCUCUAUUAGGCAUGGUCUUAAGGUAGCUGAUUGAAUUCUGUAAUAGAACUGAGGACUGACUCUCUUCCGUGCUAGAUUCCUUCACACUGGUUCAUUCAGAAGCAUACAAGAUAUAUUACAGGAGAGAUAGUUAGGAAUCUAUUGAAAUUAAAGCGCCAUACCCGGAUAAUUGUUUCAUAAGAUGGCAAUCGCACCUGCUGCUGCUGCUGCUGCUGCUGCUGGAAAAAACAUCCUGGUCGGUGCUCACAUCCUUGUCACCUCUCUUGUCUUCUCCAUGGCCACUGGCCCUGGCUGGACCGCAAAUGAAUCUUUUUGGGCCGCCUUUUGCGGCCCCAACGACCCAUACAGUCCAGCCUGUAUUAGCGGAAACCUCCUCUUCAGUCACAACCAGCCACUCAGUCGAUUGCAUGAUGUCACACAGUCUCGCAUGACAUCAUCAGAAUCACCAUCGGGUCUUGCACCCUCUCAAGCUAACCACUUCCCAAAUUCCUCCUCCUCUUCGUUCUCUUCCUCCUCUUCCUCCAUUUAUCGCUUCCCGUCGCCUGUAUCCCCACCUGCGUUCACCAAUUCCACGUGGCACCACCUCCUGAUGCCACAUCAGCACCAUCAGCUCCAUCCGUUUCUCCCGGAUACUUUUCCCUCGCACCUCCACCUGUCCUCUCCCCUCCCCUGGAGCUCCCUUGAGCAAGUCUCAGCUUUUUUCCAACGGGCAGGAGAGGAAAGGUUUCUGCCCAAGUGGAUCCACAUCUUCUCCCUCUCCCCGUGCCUCCAGCACGCCUCCUUCCUCUUCCUCUCCUCCUUCCUCCUCCUCGCAACCCUCUCCCACAUUCUGAUCCUUCCCAAACCUAAUCCCGAACCUAGUUCCAAGCCUGACUCCCAGCCCCGUAGAGCCCAGAAUGGUACGGAGAGGUCAGCAGGUACGGGGGGGAGGGGAGAGAGGGGAGUGCAGGAAAGUUGUGGGGGAAGGGAGCAGAAGGGAGGGGAGGAGUGGCGUGCAGGACUGUUAUUCUGGCCUGAGCUCGUCCUCUCUAUCAUUGCAGCUGCCUGCUGGACAGGGCUUCUCCUGUGGGAGAUUUUACCUGGCUUCCGGACGCAUCCAGCACCUCCCCACAAUUUGGCACCGCCCCACGAGCUAGCAUACGCGGCAGGGCAGGCCGUCACGUAUGCGCUGGCGGCAGGCGUGCUGCUGCUGUUCGAGAGGAGGCGGGACGCUACAGUGGUGGGGUCGGCGCGGGUGUGGCUGUUCUUGAACGCUGUGCUUGUGCUGAUGCUCUCUAUGGUCAUUCUGCUCCGGCUCUGGAGCAAAGGCCAAGGGAGGGGCUUGGGGGAGGGAUCUGGCGUUGGAUCUGGUUUGGGAGCUGGUUUGGGAUUUGGUUCGGGAGGUGGUUUGGGGUCUGGAAUUCGAGAUUGGAACGAGGAGAGGGUGACCGCGUGGAGCGAUUUCCUGACACUUGGCAGCUUGCCAUUGGCUGUUUUCUUGGGGGUGGUUGGAGUGCUCGGCAGGCCUGGUUGGGCUCGUCUGGACCGAGGGAUGGGAGCGAGAGGAGGAGAGAGAGGAGGCGAAGGGAGGGAAGAGGAGGGCGAGGGUGAUGGGGAGGAGGAGCAGCAGGAGGAGGGCGAGGGUGGUUUUGAGGAGGGUUUGAGGAGUAGGCCGGUUGUGAAGGGGAGAGCUUGCCUUACAAUCGGAGAUGAAAGCGACUCUGAUGAGGACAACGAGUCUGAUACUAGUGAGGAUGGCGGGGAGGAAUUGAAACCGGAUAGCGAACUGGGAGUCAGGAAUAUGCAUCAAUCGCAGCUGGGGCAGCAGCAGGGGCAGCAGCAGCAGGCAGUGGUGGUGGCCGCUGUGUCUCCGUACGCCACUGCAAGCUGGCUGUCUCGUCUCUCGUUUUCCUGGAUAUCUCCUCUUCUGGACACAGGCAACCAGAAUCUGCAGCUUCAGCAGCAACAGCAGCAGCAGGAGCAGGAGCAGUGGCAGGAGGAGAAGGAGGAGGUCCCAAGAGAUCAGAAGCAGCAUCUGAUCUCACUACAGGACGUGCCGUGCCGGCCACCUUCUCAUGGCUGCGAUGCCAUGUUCCGUGCCUUUGAUGCCUGCUGGCAGACGCAGCUCGCUCUGGCUGCUGGGGGUACUACUGCUGCUGCUGCUGCUGCUGCUGCUGCUGGUAGUAAUGCUGCCGCUGGUAGCAUUUCUGCUGGUGCUGCUGCUGGUAGUGCUGAGGCUACCGUGACGACUCCGCUGUUAGCCACCCAUCACCAGCAGCAGGGGCACGAGCAACCGCAACUGCAGCAGCAGCAGCAGCAGCAACAGUCCCCUGCCAUGCUCUCCCGCUUCACCGCCCCUACGAAGCCCUCAGUGGCCCAAGCGCUGCUCGCCUGCUUCUGGCGUCCCCUGCUCUUCACGGGCCUGCUCAUCCUGCUCAAGGCGGCAGUCAUGUAUGCCGGCCCCCUGCUUCUGUCUAGAUUCGUGGACCUCGCUGCGGGGAAAGGACAGUUUGAAGGGGAGGGUCUGGUGCUCGUGGUGGUGCUGCUGCUGGCUAAAGCGACAGAGACGGCUGUGGGGCACCAGUACAACUUUCAAGCCCAGUCCCUAGGCCUGGACAUCCGAGCAGCACUGGUUGGAGCUCUCUACCAUAAAGGCCUACGUCUAUCGAGCAGGGCGAAGCAGCGGCACACGGUGGGCGAGGUGGUGAACUACAUGUCAACAGACGUGCAGCGCCUGGCGGACCUCAUGCUACAGCUGCACAACGUGUGGGUGCUGCCGCUGCAGAUCGCCAUUGCGCUCGUCAUCCUCUUCAAGGUGGUGGGUGUCUGCAUGCUGGCGGGACUGGCGGUGAUGCUGGCAGCCAUGGUUUUCAACCUCCUCAUCGCAGCCUCUCUCCGUGCCGCAGUGGCGCAGAUCCUUAAAGCCAAGGAUCGGCGCAUGAAGGCCACCUCGGAGGCGCUCUCUGCCAUGCGGGUCAUCAAGCUCUACGCCUGGCAGACCUUCUUCGAGAAUCAAAUCAAAUCGCUGCGAGAUUCCGAGGCCGGCUGGCUCGGCAGGUACAUGGCGAUAGGUGCGACGAACAUCUUUCUGCUGUGGCUGUCGCCUCUAGCCGUGUCGGUGGGCACGUUUGGCGCCAUGGUGGCAGUGGGCGUGCCGCUCACGCCUGGGGCUGUCUUCACUGCCAUUGCCACAUUCCGCAUUCUGCAGGAGCCGCUGCGGUCGUUCCCCUCAGUAGUGGCGGCAAUGGCACAGGCCCUGGUGUCCCUCAAGCGGGUUACCUCUUUCCUGUUGGAGGAGGAGAUUCAGAUUGAUGCUGUGCUGCGACUAGAGGGGAAGGAGGGAGGGGCGGGAAACACACGGGGUGUUGCGACGCCAUUGGAGGAGAACAAGAAGGGGUCGGAGAAUGGGCGGGUACUUCAAUCUGGGGGCAGGGAGAGAGGGAGUGGGAGAGAGGAGGUGGAAUGUUCCGGCACGAGGGGUACCGUGGCUUGGGAUGGCUUGGCUGGUGGUGGCGGCUUGGCUGGUACUGGCUUGGCUGGCACUGGCUUGGCUGGUACUGGCUUGGCUGGUACUGGCUUGGCUGGUAUUGGCUUGGCAGGUACUGGCUUGGCAGGUGGUGGUGGCUUGGCUGGUACUACUGGCUUAGCAGAUGACGUGGUGGUGCGGGUGCAGGGUGGGGUGUUCAGCUGGGAUGGGGAUUCCAGUAAGCCGACGCUAUCUGGAAUCGAGUUGGAGAUUAAAAGGGGGAUGAGAGUGGCUGUGUGCGGGGCGGUGGGGGCGGGCAAGUCCAGCUUGCUGUCAUGCCUACUUGGGGAGAUGCCCAAGAUCAGAGGCGAGGUCGCCCUAGUGGGCUGCACAGCCUAUGUGCCCCAGUCCGCAUGGAUCCAGAACGCCACUGUGCGCGACAACAUUCUUUUCGGGCAGCCCGUUGACCGGGCGCGCUACAGCCGGGUGCUGCAGCAGUGCGCGCUACAGCUGGACCUGGCACUGCUGGCGCACGGGGAUGCCACACAGAUAGGCGAGAGGGGGGUCAACCUGAGUGGGGGCCAGAAGCAGAGGAUCCAGCUGGCCCGGGCGAUGUAUGCAGGGGGAGGGGGAUCUGGGGGAGGGGGAAGUGGGGGAGGGGAGCGCAGCAGAGGAGCAGAUCAAAAAGAAAAGGAGCAGGGGGAUGGGGGGGAGGGGAAAGGGGGUGCGGAUGAGGGUCAGGGGGGUGCUGACGUGUUUCUACUGGAUGACCCCUUCAGUGCCGUGGAUGCACACACUGGCUCGCAGCUCUUCACUGAGUGUGUGCUGAGGGGCCUAGCUGGGAAGACUGUCAUCCUGGUGACGCACCAGGUGGACUUCCUGCCAGCCAUGGACCUCAUUCUGGUGAUGAGGGAGGGACGCAUAGUGCAGCAUGGGCGCUAUGACGAACUGCUGGCACAGGGAACCGACUUCUCCUCACUAGUGGACGCUCACACCGACGCUAUGCACUCUCUUGCUGCCACUGGCGCUGGUGAUGCUGCCUCUAAUGCUGCUGCCACUGGUUCUGCUGCCACUGGUGCUGCUGCCACUGGUGCUGCUGCUACUGGUGCUGGUGUGGCUGCUGGCGAUGUCACUGCUACUAGUGGUGCUGCUUCUGCCGUUGCUGCGGCUAAUACUGCUGCCGCUGGUGCUGCUAAAGCUGGUGCUGUGGGCACUGUAGCCCUGUCUGCCACUGCUCCCCCUACCACGUCCUCAGAUGCUGCUGAAAACCCUCCCUCCUCCUCCUCACCCUCCCGUCUAACCCCUCAAUCCUUCUCCUCCCCCUCAAGCUUUCUGCAGCGCCUCAGAAGCUCUCUGGGGCUUGCUGCUGCUGCUGGUGGUGCUGCUGGUGCUGCUGGUGGUGCUGCUGGUAAUGCUGCUGCAUCUCCUCCUGCUGCUGCCAGUGGUGAUUCGCCCGCUGCUUCUGCUGCUGCAGGUCGAGGGAAAGGGAAGCAGCAAGAGGCGGCAGCGGAAGGAGGAGUCGUUGGUCCGAAGGAGGGAGAGAUAAGCGAGGAGGGGGAAGAGGCACGGAAUGAUGGCAGCAACGAGGAGGGCGACAGAGCGCGUGAGGGAAGACAGAUGGUGGACAUCGGGAGGACAGUGGACGGACAGAGGGCCGAUCAGAAUGGGCUGCAGGCCGGCGAACACACUGGGUCUGGGAACGGAAGGAAAACCAGCAGAGAUGAGGCGGGAGCCAGAGCAAGCAAUGAGUCAGGGAGUGAAAAGCGCAGGAGCCGCUGCAGAAAGAACAAGGCUGGCAGAACCAGCAGCGGUGGCAGUGGUGGUGGUAAUGGUGGUGGCAGUAGCAGGCGCAGUAUAGGGCAAGCGGGAACCGGCCAGCUGAUAAGUGACGAGGAGCGGUCGUCGGGCCGAGUGGCCUUUGCAGUGUACUGGGCGUAUCUCACCGCCGCCCUUGGCUGCUGGCCCAUCCCCGCCCUCCUAUUGGUGCAAACCCUCUGGCAGACGCUGCAAAUCGGCUCCGAUUGGUGGCUUGCCACGUACACAUCCACCUCCGCCCCCUCCUCCUCUUACCAUUCCUCCUCCUUCGCCUCCUCCGCUUCCUCCUCCUCCGCCACCUCCCCAUCUUUCCUACCCCCCUCCUCUGCCUCGUCUUCUUCUUUCCCCAUCAACCUUGGGGCCCCAUCCAUCACGCCCGUUGGGUUUCUGCGGCUGUACGUGCUGCUAGCGUUGGGGAGUGUGCUGUUUGUGCUCGUGCGCACAGUAGCAGUGUCGUGGAUGGGGUGGGAGACGGCUCAGACCCUCUUUGCCCACAUGCUGCACGCUGUGUUCCGAGCGCCCAUGGCAUUCUUUGACUCCACUCCUGCUGGCAGGGUGCUUUCCCGGGCCUCAACGGACCAGGCAACGGUCGAUCUGGAUCUCCCGUUCCGCUUCGGCACGGUGCUGUCGCUGGUGUUCCAGCUGCUCGGCAUUCUCACCGUCACCUCUCUUAUCACGUGGCCGGUGCUCUUCGCCAUCGUGCCGCUUGCGUACUUCUACUUCUCCUAUCAGGAGUAUUACCUGACAACAUCUAGGGAGCUUUCUCGCCUGGAUGGCAUCACCAAGUCGCCCAUCAUCGAGCACUUCAGCGAGUCGCUGGCGGGGGCUGCAGUGAUCCGCGCCUUUGCUCAGGAGCCACGAUUCGCCCGCAAUAGUGCAGCCCGAGUGGAUGCCAACACGCGUGUGGCGUGGUGCAGCCGCGCGGCGGUGGAGUGGCUUGGCUUCCGCCUGGAGCUGCUGGGGUCGCUGCUGCUCUGCUUCUCCGCGCUCAUGCUCACACUGCUGCCGGCUUCGGUGGUGUCGCCAGGCCUGGCAGGCAUGUCUCUCUCCUACGGGCUCGCUUUGUCCCAGGGUCUUUUCUUCGUUGUGUGGGCGUGGUGCGGGCUGGAGAACCAGAUGGUAUCAGUGGAGCGGAUUCUGCAGUUCUCCCACCCCGCAGUGCCCUCUGAAGCGCCUCUGGUCGUUCACAGCCAUAGACCAUCUGGGGACUGGCCGCAGCACGGGCGGGUGGAGUUCGACAAUCUGCAGGUCCAGUACCGGCCAGACCUCCCCAUGGUGCUGAAGGGAGUGACUCUGACGAUACAGGGCGGCCACAAGGUCGGCAUUGUUGGCCGCACUGGCAGCGGCAAGUCAACACUUGUCGCUGCUCUCUUCCGAUUGGUCGAGCCGGCGUCCGGCAGGGUGCUGAUUGAUGACGUGGACAUUGGGAGCAUCGGAUUGGGUGAUCUGAGGGGGCGACUGGCGAUAAUACCGCAGGACCCGACACUUUUCCAGGGGCCUAUCAGGAUGAACCUGGAUCCCGCAGGGGAGUACAGCGACGCGCAGAUAUGGGAGGCGUUGGACAGAUGCCAGCUGGGGGAUACUGUCAGAGGCAUGGAGGCGAAGCUAGAGGCACAGGUGGUGGAGGGAGGGGAGAACUGGAGCGUGGGACAGAGACAGCUCUUCUGCCUGGGUCGAGCCCUGCUCAAGAACUCGCGGAUUCUCGUGCUGGAUGAAGCGACGGCGUCCGUUGAUUCUGCCACCGAUGUGGCGAUCCAACGGACGAUAAAGGAGAGCUUCGGCCGGGCCACCAUCAUCAGCAUUGCGCACCGGAUAGCAACAGUCAUUGACAGUGAUAUGGUGGUGGUGAUGGACCAAGGUACCGUGGCAGAGUGCAACUCACCAGCUCAGCUUCUGCAAGACCCCGAGUCCAUGUUUUCUCGCCUGGUCGCGGAGUAUGCAGUUCGAUCAUCCGGCCUUGCAGACAUUGCCAAGAGCCUAUCACUUGAGAGCCUUGCCAAUGCUGCUCUUUCAUGAUGAUGCUGAGGCAUAUGGUGAAGACGUGAAUUUGGACUGAACAUGGCUACCGGUGUAUGCAGGGCUCUCGCUAGGUAUUUUCCACUUUCUAGGCGAUCAGACGGGCCCUUAGGGCCUGUCCGAUUAUCAGACGCCCGAUCUUUCAGUUUCUGAAUAAUCAGAGGUUUUAGAGUAGAGUUUCUAGGAGAUCAGAAGUUCCAGCCUUACAUUUCUAAGUUUGUACCUAAUCAUUAGGCGAAAACGAUAUUUCACCAAAUCAUUAAGCCA